ACUCCAUUCCUCAACCAUAUAUGUCCUCCACCCUGGCCGAGGAGGACGGGGCCGGCCGGCCGCGGCACUGCGGUGUGGCCGUGCACCAUGCACAUAACCCAGCUCAACCGCGAGUGCCUGCUGCACCUCUUCUCCUUCCUGGACAAGGACAGCAGAAAGAGCCUCGCCAGGACCUGCUCCCAGCUGCGCGAUGUGUUCGAGGACCCCGCGCUCUGGCCCCUGCUGCACUUCCGCUCCCUUGCCGAGCUCCGCAAGGACAACUUCCUGCUGGGCCCAGCGCUGCGCAGCCUGUCCAUCUGCUGGCACUCCAGCCGCGUGCAGGUGUGCAGUGUCGAGGACUGGCUCAAGAGCGCCCUGCAGAGGAGCAUCUGCAGCCGCCAUGAGAGCCCGAGCCUGGUCAACGACUUCCUCCUCCAGGUGUGCAACAGGUGCCCCAACCUGGCUUCCGUCACGCUGUCGGGCUGCGGCCACGUCACCGACGACUGCCUGCCUGGAGAACGGGAUCCGUCCCCAGCCCCCAGCCUCCUUCCCCCGGCCAAGGGCUGUGACAAGGGCUCUCCGGUGUCCCUGCACAGCACGUACAGGGACAGCGCGAGCGCCGCACCUGCGGGGUUCCUGUAA